UUCCUUUUUUUCUUUCUCUUUUAUUUUUCGUUAUGUCUGAACAAUACAAUAUGUUUAAAGCUGCUUUUGAUAAUAAUCACAAUUUGCCUUUUAGUUUUCAAUACCCUGUACCUGAACAAAGAAAGAUGGACUAUCCCACAUUCAAUGCCUCUUCUUAUUUUCUACCGUCAAUUGCACCAUUUCUUCCUCUUCAAAAUUCUAAACAAUGGAAAAAAGACGUUUCACAAUCAGCAUUAAUUAUCAAUGAAGAAAAAGCGAUAUCCGUUUCUCCAUCACCACCACCACCACUACCACCGCCAUCAUCACAACCACCGCCAUCAUUGCAUAUUGAACAGUCAGAUGAUAUUCCUCCCACACAUAUUGUUUCACCAGAAGCCAUUCGUGAAGCCCUUAAAGAAGAGAAAGAAGAAGCCAUGGGUAAUAGUCAACGAAGACCGUUUUCUCAAUUCGUUUCAUUUCAUGCUUUAAAACAAAGACAGUAUUCCACUGAUCCUUGUCGGCAGCCUGUGAAUCAAGACAUGGACGAGAAACAGACAAAAGAGCCUCUUCAAUCUGAUUCAAAAAAGCAAGAAAAACCAAAAAGACCGCCAAACGCUUAUUUGUUGUUUAAUCGAGACAUGAGAAGAAAAUUACUUGAGGCUUCCCCUAAAAUGACCGUUGCCGAAAUUAGUAAAGAGGUGGGUGACUGGUGGAAAAUGCUGCCUAAGGACCAACGUGAAUUCUAUGUCAAAGAAGCUUCUUUGCUGAAAGAAGAGCAUUUAAAAAAGCAUCCAAAUUUUAUCUAUACUCGAAGAUCGAAAGCAGAACUUGCAGAAGCAAAACGUACUUCAAGACAAGGGAAAAAAUCACUUAAAUCAAACUCACCUGAACUCGUCGUCGUGGAUAAAAAGCAAGCCAAAAAGUCUUGCUCUGAAGCUGAGAGAGAUCCAAGGGGCCGUAAAAAAAAGAGACAUAAGCAUCCUUUUGCUCCUAAACAUCCCAUGUCUGCUUAUUUACAUUAUUUGGCUUCUGUUUAUCCACAAGUGUCGUUGAAUUUCCCAGGCUCAACAGUGGGUCCUAUUAGCAAAACUAUUUCAAGAACAUGGCAUGCCAUGUCGCCUGAGGAACGCUUACCAUGGAAGCAAAAAGCCGAGUCUGACAAGGCACGUUAUGCUCGAGAAAUGCAGACAUAUAUGGCGAAACAAAAAGAAAAAGAAAAUCGUUUGUCUGACAAAGAAGAAGACGAUGACGAUGAUGAUGAUGACGAAUAUAAAGAAGAUAUGGAUGCUCAAGCACUCAGUGCUGUAGUAAAUAUGGUAAAUAGUAAUUGCAAAUACAAUGUAUAAUAAACAAAGCAAACCGGUGAUAUUGCCGGAU